AUGACAACCAACGGCGUCAAGUCAGCACCACAUCGGUUUGACCCCAAUUUCACGCAACAUGUCAUCGACGCUAUGGGUCCAAAGACUUCACCCAGGAUGAAAGUAGUCAUGACCAGUUUGAUCCAACACCUGCACGAUUUUGCCCGUGAAGUCGAAUUAACCGUGGAUGAAUGGACGGAAGGUGUUGCGCUGAUCAACUGGGCCGGUCAAAUGAGCAACGACAAACGAAAUGAGGGUCAACUGGUCUGUGAUGUUGUCGGUCUUGAAUCUCUCGUCGACGAGAUCACCUACAAGAAGGCAUCCGAAGCCACCACUGUCGCCACCCAAAGCGCCAUCUUGGGCCCUUUCUUCAGACAUGACCAUCCAAUCCGCGAAAAGGGCGCUACGAUCUCAUUCAACACCCCCAAGGACGCCGAGGUCGUAUAUAUGCACGGCCAAGUUCUUGAUGCAACCACACAGAAACCACUAGCCAAUGCCAGUAUCGAUGUAUGGGAGGCAUCCACAAAUGGUCUGUAUGAGCAACAAGACGACAAUCAAGUCGACUGCAACCUGCGGGGGAAGUUCAUCACCGAUACCAAUGGUGAAUAUGCCUUCUACGCCCUCCGACCGACACCCUAUCCCAUCCCAUUCGAUGGCCCAGCCGGUAAACUUCUGCAACUUCUGGACCGACAUCCAUACCGCCCAGCACAUAUCCACUUGAUCGUCUUGGUGGAAGGCUACAAGCCAAUCACGACACAGAUCUUCGACAAGGCCAGCAAGUAUCUCGACGAUGACUCGGUGUUCGCCGUGAAAGACUCCCUGGUGGUUGAGUUCGUGCCGCGAAAAGGGGACCCCCAGGCAGCUCUGGAAUUGAAGUAUGAUGUCAACAUGGCUCCUUUGGAUUCGAAAGGCGAGUCAGGGCCCCCGGAUGGCUUGGCUACUCAGGUGUAG